AUGUUGUUAACCGAAUAUGAUAUUCAGUAUGUGACUCAGAAAGCAAUAAAGGGAAGUGUCAUGUAUGACUACCUUGAUCAUUUACCUGUGGAAGGUUAUCAACCGUUGAGGUUUUACUUUCUUGACGAAGACAUCACGUUUAUCAGAGACUUCACUAUGCCAGGCUUCAAGAUAAACCCUGAAGAAGGCCCUAAACCAGGAGUGCGAUGGACGCUCGUGUUCGACGGUGCUUCGAACGCUCGUGGUCAUGGCAUAGGAGCAUUUAUCACUUCUCCAACUGGUUCCCACCUUCCAUUCACCGCUAGAUUAUGCUUUGACUGCACUAACAAUAUGGCAGAAUACAAGGCAUGUAUUUGCGGUCUGGAGGCGGCCAUCGACUUAAGGAUCAAGUUUCUUAAGGUAUACGGAGAUUCAGCUCUGGUAAUAAGUAAGGUAAAAGGUGAUUGGGAAACUCGGGAUAUCAAGUUGAUACCUUAUAAAGAGCAUAUCAGAAUAUUGAUACCAUAUUUUAAUGAAGUCUAUUUUCAUCAUAUUCCUAGGGAAGAAAAUUAG